GCAAAAGUCAUAAAGACAGCUAUGGGACCGAGGCAGCAGUUAGGUGAGCGCUUCUUUCUGUGAAAGGGAAGGGGCAGCAAUUUUACCGGCUGUGUCUGACAAUGUGUAGGUAGAAAGAGAGCAUUAUGAGCAGCUUUGAUCAUUUGUUUAAAGUCCUUGUUGUGGGGGAUUCUACUGUUGGAAAAACCUCUCUGCUGCAGAGGUAUGUGCAUGAUGUUUUUGGCAAAGACUACAAGAUGACCAUGGGAGUGGAUUUUGCAUUGAAGGUUGUGCAGUGGUCAGACACAGAAACUGUAAGGCUGCAGCUGUGGGACAUCGCAGGACAGGAGAGAUUUGCUUCAAUGACCAGACUGUAUUAUAAGCAAGCAUCUGCCUGUGUCAUCAUGUUUGAUCUAACCAAUUCAGAGUCCUUUAGAAACUGCCAAAUGUGGAAAGAUGACCUGGAUAAUAAAGUGAUACUACCCAAUGGUGACUUUGUGCCCUGUAUAUUGCUCGCCAACAAGUGUGAUCUCUCUCCGUGGGCUGUCAGCAGACAACAGAUUGAUCAGUUUAGUAAAGAGAACAAUUUUAUUGGAUGGACCGAGACAUCUGUCAAAGAAAAUAUAAAUAUAAAUGAAUCCAUGAGAGUACUUAUUGAGAGAAUGAUGGCAUCAAGAGAAGCUGGCAACUCUUCUUUUCCUGCCCAUGGGGAUUAUAUUAACCUGAAGGACAUCCAUGAGGGUGGUUCUGGCUGCUGUUGAAGGGAAUGUACCACUUAGCACAACUGACCGCUUAAACAUACUGGCCCUAUAACAGUGGUAAUGCCUUUUAGCAAUGAACAAGUAAAUAAACCCCAAUAAAGGCCAUCGUCUUCCUUUUUCCAUGGAAGUUUACAGGAGGUGACCUUUGACUGAGAAUUUUUGUCCUUACAAAUUAUAUAAACUAUAUAUAUAUAAUAUUGUGCUUGCUGCACUGAUGUAUUUGGUGGCUGCUGAGGUCAUAUGUGUUCCCUAGUUUUACCUGUAAAGGGGAUACAAUAUUAAAAUAAUGUUAUAUCUCAAAUCUACAAACUACUAAACAAAAUAAACUGAUUAAAA